CCGCGUCCGACUCUGCGCUUGCAACUAUGAAAAACGUAAGAGUAGGAGGAAGAACAGGGAAAAAAAUCCAGUGCAUCAUUUCAAGAGAAAAAAAACCGCCCGCGAUAUUUAUCUAUGUGAGAACAUUCUUCCUGAAGAAUGGCGAGUCCGCCAACAGUAAAGGAGGGUCAGCUGGCUAUCUCUGCCCGGCCAAGGUGAGGAAAUGCGGCUACUGAAGAAGCAGAAAACGACACAAGAGGUUUUUCGUUCUGCGGGAGCAGAGCAGCAGCUGCCCGGCCAGGCUCGAGUACUACGAGAACGAGAAAAAGUGGAGGAACAAGUCGUCGGCCAAGAGAGUCAUCUCCUUGGAGUGCUGCCUGAGCAUUAACAAGAGAGCGGACGCCAAGCACAAGUACCUGAUCGCACUAUACACCAAGGAGGAGUACCUGGCGGUGGCGGCUGACAGCGAGCAGGAGCAGCAGAGCUGGUUCAGCGCGCUGACUGAGCUGCUGCCCUCCGCUCCCAGCUCGCUGCUGCCGCCCUACACGGAGCACACCGACUAUGGGCUGCUUCCCACCGCCCUCUACAAGCAAGUGUGGCAAGUCAACCUGAAGCCUAAAGGCUUGGGCCAGGCCAAAAAUCUCAGCGGCUUUUACAUGCUGUGCCUUUCCAGCAAGAGCAUGGGCUUGGUGAAGCUCAACUGCGAGGUGCCAUCGGUCAGCCUGCAGCUGAUGAACAUCAGGCGGUGCGGCCACUCGGAGAAUUUCUUCUUCAUUGAAGUAGGCAGGUCGGCGUCCACUGGCCCCGGGGAGCUGUGGAUGCAGGUGGAUGACUCGGUGGUGGCUCAGCACAUCCACGAAACCAUUCUGGAGGCUAUGAAAGCCAUGAAGGAAGUGUGCGAGUUCCGACCCCGCAGCAAGAGCCAGUCGUCGGGGUCCAAUCCUAUCACCGUGCCCAGCCGGAGGCACCUGGUCCACCUACCGCCGAGCCAGACCGGGCUACAGAGGAGAUCUCGGACUGAUAGCAUCGCGACCCCAUCACCUGCUGGUAAGAUUGUACCGGGUCGUAUGAGGACAGCCAGUGAAGGGGACAGCUCCAUGUGCAGACCAGAAUCUAUGACUAGUAGCCCCAUCAGCCCCAGCACAGUGAGGACACACUUCAGUCGUUCAAGUACUAUGUGUAGAAAUCCCAGAAUGAUGCAGCCCAGUACUCUUCACCAUAGCCGAUCAAUGUCAAUGCCGGUGUCCCAUUCUCCCUUAUCUGCAACAAGUCCAGUGAGUCUAUCGUCAAGUAGUGGGCAUGGGUCAGCAUCAGACACCAUUGCUCGCCCAUCCAGUGGUAGUGCAUCUGUUUCGGGAUCUCCAAGUGAUGGAGGAUUUACUUCCUUUGAUGAAUAUGGUUCAAGUCCUGGAGACUUAAGGCAUUACGUGGGGAACAGAAGUAAUACUCCAGAAUCCCUUACGUACACGCCACCUGUACGAGAAAGUAAUGAAUUGUAUGGGUACACGUUAAUGGAAAGACAUACAAGUGGCCAGUGUAACCGCAGCUGUUCUCGCACAGUAAGGGAUGAAUGUUCAGAAACUGACAAAAGUUACCGGAAAAGAACGUGUUCCUUAACAACACCUUACCGACAGAGAGCCAUUUCACAGGUUUCUUCUGUUUCGUUAGAUGAAUAUACUUUAAUGAAAGCUACCUGCAUGGGCAAUUCAGGACAUCUAUCGCGUGCUGUGUCUCCCAAAGUGGCCUACAAUCCUUAUCCAGAAGACUAUGGUGACAUUGAAAUAGGAUCCCAAAAAAGUUCUGGGUGCAGUAACCUUGGUGAUGAUGGUUAUAUGCCGAUGUCCCUUGGAGUGGUAAGUGUACCUAUCAAAAAUGAUGACUACAUGCCAAUGAGUCCCAAAAGUGUCUCUGCCCCAAAACAAAUAAUUAAUCCACGAUCACACUCGCAAGUCAAAAUAAAUGGAUACAAGAACAUUUCUCCUACUGAAUGCUGCUCACCUGAUACCAGUGGAUACAAGAGAAUGUGGUGUGGGUCAAAGAUUUCGGGAGAAAGUUCUGAUGGAAAGUUCACCAAUGAUGAAUAUAUGAACGUGUCUCCUGUUGAUCACUGUGCAUCGGUUACACCUCCAGACUGUUUUUUCCCUGUUAGUGAUGAAUGUCCUAGAUCCAGUGAUUCCUUUUACUCCCUACCCCAAUCUCAUAAGCCUCACUGUCGGAAGGAUGGGAGAAAUGAUCACUAUGUUCUGAUGAAUUUCGCCACGUGGUGUGAUUUUUGAAGAGCCAGCUCUUAACAUAAAAGUUCUAGCACAUCUUGUAUAGUUAGUCAUGCUGCACAUUCAUCAGUAAGGCAAAGUCAGAUGGAUGUUUUGUACAUAGAGAAAAGCUAUGAGACCCUCCAGAUUGUCACUGGAGAUGCUAAGGGCCAACACAUACCAAGUACCAAUGAACUCCUUUACCAUCUGAACCAAAAAGCCCAGGAGAAUAUGUCAAUAUAGAUUUCAGCAACAAAUUUGUAUACAUCUCACCAUCUGUGCCACUAAAAAGUUCCUUAUCUUUCCCGGAUUCUGCUAAUGUUCUGGAAAAGUUUGCCGGUGUCUGAUUACAUGAAUGUUGAUCUCAACUCACAGUCACCAAAGAAUGGAAUUGUUUCUGUCAAUUCCUUUGAUGCAAUAACUGGAUCUCCAGUGUUAUGGCCCCAGCAGAAGUCAUCCUGCUGAUGUUUUCCUGAAAAGUCAGGCUGAGGCAAACUGCUUCUCUCACCCUUCAGAAGAUGAGACAGAAUAUACAGAAAUUGACAUUUGUAAUGGCUACAACACCUUCACUACCAGUUCACCAAAACAUGAAAGUACCCAAGUAGCCAGCCCCACUACAGGGGUGAAAAGACUUUCUCUGAUUGAUCAGAUACCUGGGGUAGAUGUUUUCAUGCUUCCAAGUUCUGGCACCAGAUCCCAAUCGGGGUGCUAAAUUAAUCCGUGCUAACCCCCAGGACGCAGCGGCAUAGCUCAGAGACAUUCUCUUCUACAACGACUGUCACACCAGUUUCACCUUCAUUUGCUCAUGAUCCCAAGAGGCACAGUUUUCUGCUUCAUUUGAAAACGUUUCUCUCAGAAGGAAUGAAGAAACUGAAGAGGUUCAAGGAAGCCCAAUCUGCCGCAAAACCUCCACUGGUUUCCAAAAUGGACUGAAUUAUGUUGCCUUGGGUUUAGUGAAUGACAAUUUAUUGACUUGUGAGAAAGUAGCACAAUGUCGAUCAACACCUCAACCCAAAGGAAAUACUAACUUUACAGAUGCAGGUGCAUAUGCCAGCAUGGACUUUGUGUCAAAGAAUUUUGACCAAACAGCUGCUGUUGAAGAUUGAUCCAUCUACUCAAUUGCUGGAACUUCGCACAAAUGAUGCUGCUUAGCAGACACCUUUGUCGAAUGCUGCUCAAGUUUACCUUUUCUCCUCAUUGUGAAUGGGAAGCUAAUAAUGCCUCGAGACCGUUAUAACACUGCAAUGCACAACAUACCUUCAAGGACAAGGAAGCUUUCUGCCUCAUUAGUUUCUGUUAUGGAUAUCGAUCAUCCUCUUUCUUUUCCAGGAGGAGUGCACUGAAGCAUUUCUUGUUCAGCAUCACAUUAACUGUUGCCUGUUUUGACGUUUCAAGAUGAGAUAUGGCCAGUGUCUAUUACCUUCUAUUAUAUCUGGAUUGCAUUACCUUAAUUGAGAUGGCCAGAAAUCAAAUGAAUUGGAAUGUUACUGACCUGGUACAAAUACUACCUCGUUUAAACACUAAAGCAGCCUUUUAUGGGAGAAGGAGCACAAACAGCAAUAGCACUGCUGAACUCCCAAGACACCAAACCAAGUUUAACAUUUUGAAAUACUGUACCAAUGUGAUAAGUCAGAAUUUUGGGCUUGUCAUGUUCAACAAAGAUUCUGUGUUCAAUAGUUUAAGCCCAUACCUGAAAAACAGGAUGGGCUGACAGAAGUGCAAUUUCAGAUUACUGGACUUGGAUCAGAAGACCCUAGAAAGACCCAUCAAAAUACGUACAAGGAUCCCUAAGAUCAGGAUGAUGAUUUUCAUUUUCUUUAGAGGGAAGUUAGGGAUCUCUUCAAAAGUUAUGUGCCUAAAAAUUUGUCUCUGAUCAGUAAUGCUAAACAUAAUUUGUACUUUCUCUCCAAGAUUUUGAUUCAUUGACCAGGGAUAAAUUUCUAGGCAAUAUAAAGUUCUUGCUGUUUCUUACCCAUGAAUGCUACUUAUGUUGUUGGAUGCAGAAUGUAGACUGUUCAGUGCUGCUUUUGACAGAUGUGACUGCACAAGAACUUCCUGCUGACUUAUUUAUUAACAUUGGAACUAUUGACAAAAAUGUGCCAGAAAAUUCUGAAUGUAGACACUAUUUUUUGCAAGUGAUUGAAGUUUCACCACAGAGCUGUGUGAGCUUCUCUAUAUUUUGCUGGAGGUCAGUUCCCUUGUAGUCAUGCCUGAUGAUGUGUGUAAAUAAUGUGCAAGGAAAAUAACGUGCAAGGAAAAUCUAGAUUGUGAACAUUGCUUAUUUUUACAUGAGAUAAAAACAGGAAUAAAUCUUGGUGCAGUGGCUGAAUCAGCAUUAAAAGCUACUUAUAACCAUAGCACUGAAAUAAAUGCUGACUUUGGAUUUAUUUACCUGAGACAACAGCAAAACAUGGAAUGAACUGAAAUCAAUAAACAUUUUCCACUCAGUACAGUUUUCAUAGCUUCACAGUAAUGCUUGAAUGUAUGAUCCAGAAUUUAUGUAUGGAAUAUUUUACAUCCUUAGUUUACAGUUUGGAGCCUGUAUUUUAUUGUUACUGUUUUCACUAGAAUGUAUAGCAACAUUUGCUAUCUGUAUAUUUUGCUAUUUUCAGUUUAAGGCAUGCAUUUUUCCUCAUGAACCUGUAUAAACCUUAAUAUAAAUGCAGGGUUUUCAUGUUACUUUUUAGCCUAGAGAUGAAAGAUAAUAUGUAAUACCACUUGUAAGUAGACAAAAGAUAAUUGUAAUCUUAUCAUAUCUUGCUGUGUCUUCCAUUGUAUGUACUGUAUAUAAGUUUCAAUGUAAUGCUGUCGGAAGACGAGAAAUAAAUUAGAAUAGUGUAUUGUACUAUAUCUGAAUUGAUCUUAAAUGCUCCCUCGAUAGCGAUACACAACAAAAUAAUUACUAUAUUUCUGAAAGCUGUUGUUUCCCAAUUUGAUUAUGAAUGAUUUUGGCUGUAUUAUCAAUGUAUUAUGCUCCAUCUACAAAUUUCCACACCAUCUCUUAUGUUUCCUUUAUCCAGUGGGCUGAAAUAUGAAGUACUGAUGUACCUGUGGGCUGUGCUGGCAGCUCAUUUGUCAGAGCUACUUUAAUUUGGCCAUUGUAUUAACAUAAAUAAAACAGAAACAUAACCAUUA